ACAGUACUGUGGAAGGGAAAUAGACGUGUAGCCUGUUUUGUUAAGAGGGUACACAGUGCCUCGCUGUCUAGCAUGUGAAGGGGGUGUGGCUCUCUCUCUCUCUCUCUCUUACAUGCACCCACUAUAACCCACCCAACUGGCACUUCUCAUUCAUUCGCAUAGAAAACCCAAUGAGAGGAGAAUGAGGACAAAACUAGUCUAGGAUUUCAGUCUCAGUUUCUUGCUCUUUCCCACCUCCUAUCCACUCUUUUUAUUUCUAUCCAACUUUGUAAGUAGUGGACACUGCACACCAAAACCAAAACUACAUUGCCAUACCGUUAAUAGAGAGUGUGUAGAACUAAGAGUUUGAUAAAUUGUUCCAUUCUUUUCAAUCUUUCACCACUACUCUUCCUAUAUACCAAAUAGACAGCUAAAGGAAGAUGAAUGCAUUUGCUUCAGAAUGCAGUAGUGGGUGUGAGUCUGGUUGGACUCUAUACCUUGAGCACUCUUUCCUUAACCAGAAUGCUUCACAUAGAGAUACUAGAUUCAUAGGUGGAACUGAGGGGUUUUAUGAGGAGGAACACAAAGACAAAAGAGUCAAAGAUGAGAACUCCAGGGAGGAGGAUUUGUCCAUGAUUUCUGAUGCUUCUUCUGGUCCUCCACAUUUCCCAGAUGAUGAGCCUUACUUCAACGAAGAAGUCAAUGGUUGCUUUUAUUCAGCAUCGAAGGCAGUAAAGCUCCCCAAGAGUGGUACAAAGAGGCAGAGAGUUAAAGUAAAUCCUCACAAUGAAGAUCAACAUCUUCCUUCUUUUCUUCAUGACACUGCUAGUUCUCAUGUCUUCAACUUUUCCCCAGAAAGUUUUGAGAAUAAUGUUACUGGGUCAAACCCACAAACUUCUAUAGGGAGUAUGCUAGAUUAUUCACAAGGUUUCUCUGCUACUUAUUUUGAGGGAAGAUCCUCAUUCCAAGAAGAACACUUUGGUUUCCUACAAUCAUCUCUAUCAGAAAAUGAACUUCAAGGGGACAAAUGGAGGGAAAGGAACGGAGAUAACGCAAAGACAUAUCAGUUUUACUAAUUUGCCUCUGCCAUAUGGUGAAGAUUCAUGGUGCAGAAGGAAUUGAUAUCAAUAGGGACCCUUUACCUUUCUUUUUCUCUUGUAGCUGUCAAUGCAGUGGGAAAAACCUGAAAAGACAAGUUAGAUUUUUAUUUUGUUUUAGAAAUUUAAUUUCCUUGUUAUUGAAUGAUUAUCACAAGCUAGAUCAGUUAGGCAGGCUCUGUACAACCUUGCUCACCUCUUGUUUUCCAUGAAGCCCCACACUCAAUUAAUACAAGCAAUAUGCAGUACUAGCAAGUCU